AUGAAGAAUAUUCCCAAAAAAGAUAAAUAAGCAAAAUUAAUCUAUCCUGGAAUUUAAAAUGAGAAAUUAAAAUCAGGUUCACUCCCUUCAUUUAGUACAAAUAAGGUCAGAUUUAAUGAAGAUUUAGGGUUUUAUUUGCCUAAAAGAACUUCUUAUGUGACAAAGAAACCUUAUCCUGAUUAAAACGUUUUUCCUAUACAAUAAUAAUAAAGCUCUAAUUCAAUAAUAAAAAAUAGUACUAUAGGAGAUUAUUCAACAAUAUCAAAUAUUGUAAAUGCAGUUUCAUAAGGUUAAGAUACUAAAAAAUAUGGCUUUAUUAAUAAUAAUGAUUUGAAGUAAAGUGUUUUAAUUUAAUAAAAUGAUUCUGAAAUCAAUAUAAAUAAUAUUACAAACAAAUCAUAAUCUUUAUAAAAAUAUUUAACAAAAUCAUAUCUUAUUUAAAGAAAAAAAUAAGAACUUUUAAAUGGUUUCGAUAAAUUUCCUCCUGAAAUAAAUUCCAAAAUUAAUCAUUUUAAUAAACUUACGAGUAUAAUUGAUUCCGAAAUUGAAGACUGGCUACAUUUAUAUCCUGAUUUUGUUAAUAUAGGAGAAAAAGUAUAAGAUAAAUUUUCAAUUGCAAGAAGUAAAGAAGUUGAAGUACCUAAUGAUGGUUCUUUUCCUAAUGAUUUGAAUUUUUUGAGAACAUUUUAAGGAGAAUUUUCAAAAGAUAAAUCUUAUAUAAGAGUCGCACUUUAAUAAGCUUAGGAAUUUAAAUAAAAAGAUGGUAAUGUUGAUUUAGUAAAGGAAAAAUAUUUAGAAGCAAUAUCAUAAAUGGCUGAAAAAAACGAAAAUGAGUAAUCUAAAGAAAAUAAUGAGCCCCCUUUAUCCAGUUUUUAACUCUAUAAGCCUAAUUUUUACAUUUUAGUUGAAUAAGUAGGCAAAAACUAUGAAUUGGAUAUGCAAAAUUUAAAAAAUAGAAAAAUUUCUCAGAACUUUUUAGGAAUAAUGAGAUCAAUAUUAGAUUCUAAAUACAAUGAAUUUAUCUUAUAUGAAAUUACCCAAAACAAAUAAGCAAAUUCCCAGAUUUUAUUUAUGGAUGGAUGA